AUGAACGACUGUUGGUGGGAAUUUCGAAACGAUCGAGAGAUUGUGUUAGAAGCAGUGAAAAAAUAUGGAUCUGCAUUUCAAUAUGCUUCUCAAGAAUUGAGAAAUGAUCGAGAGGUUGUACUAGAAGCGGUGAAUCAAAAUGGAUGGGCGCUUCAACAUGCUUCUCAAGAAUUGAGAAAUGAUCGAGAAAUUGUAUUGAAAGCUGUGAAUCAAAAUGGAUCUGCGCUUCAGUUUGCCUCUCAAGAAUUGAGAAAUGAUCGAGAAAUUGUAUUGAAAGCUGUGAAUCAAAAUGGGGAUGCACUUUUAUUUGUUUCUCAAGAAUUGAAGAAUGAUCGUGAGAUAGUGUUAGAAGCAGUAAAACAAAAUGAAGAUGCAUUUGUAUGCGCUUCUAAAGAAUUGCAACGCAAUAUUGAUUGGUUAUUGGAAAUCAAAAACGAAAACAAUAAUAUCAAAGAGUACAUUCAAGAACAUUUAUUUGGCACUGUAGAAAAAGCCAAGCAAGGAAUUUCUAGAAAUAUCAAAGCAUUUCUCUUACUCAAACCUUCUCUUCAGGAAGAUCGAAAUUUUGUUCUCCAAAUAGUGAAACAAAAUGGAUUGGUGCUUGAAUACGCUUCUCAAGAAUUGAAGAAUGAUCGUGAGAUAGUGUUAGAAGCAGUAAAACAAAAUGCAAAUGCAGUUCAAUUUACUUCUAAAGAAUUGCAAUGCAAUAUUGAUUGGUUAUUGGAAAUCAAAAACGAAAACAAUAAUAUCAAAGAGUACAUUCAAGAACAUUUAUUUGGCACUGUAGAAAAAGCUAAGCAAGGAAUUUCUAGAAAUAUCAAAGCAUUUCUCUUACUCAAACCUUCUCUUCAAAAAGAGACAGAAAUAACUAAUACUACAUUUAAAGAAGGCGCAAAAUACUAUUCAUUCGUCUUCAAUUUCGAUGAAAUUAUUGACUAUUAUUCUAAUCACUACAUUUUAGACCAGAAUGCAUUGGAACUCUAUUUAUAUUUGAACCUCAAACCUUCCAAAGCAUUCUUUACGCUAACAUCAAAUUAUCCAAAAGAAACGGUGAUAGAAUUUGCAUUACUGAAAUCAUUUCACAAAUUUAUAACGUCUCAUCAAAUCGAUCUGAAUGCAAUUUUUAAUCAUCAGACAAUUCAACACACGACUGAUUAUUAUUUAUUUAGCGACACUAUUCAUGGUUUGGUGGACCAUUUAUUGAGUGCUGUCAAAUCAACUCCUUACAAGCAACUCCAAAAAAUUGUGGACAAAAUUGUGCAACAUUUUCCAAUUCAAAAGUUAACAGAAUCAUGUUUUGACAUUGUUGUGAAAUUUUUGAAGGAUUGGAAAAACGUGGAAAAAUUUCCUCACCUCACUUCCAUUCAACAAUUGACUGCCCAAAAUCUUUCCAAACGUUAUAUGGAGCUGGAUAAAAUCCGACAAUGUUGUCAAAUUAUGAAAUCUCAACCUCAUUUCAAAGCUAUUCAUUUCAUUUCAUUGUUAGGAAUGGGUGCACAAGGUGUUGUACUGAAAUGUUUGUAUGAGAGUCAUGGAUUGGUUGCUUGUAAAUUCUCUAUUGAAGCAACUCAGGAUAAUCAAAGAGCCAAAGAACAAUUUAAAGUGUUAAACGAUCCACGUGUGAAGGGGCAUGUUGUUAAGUGUAUUAAAUGUGAAACAGUAGAAUGGAAUGGAUUUCAUUACCCAUAUAUUAUCAUGGAAAUGGGACAAGGAACAUUGAAAGAUGAAAUUCAGUCUAUUCAUUCCAAAAAGAUUUUGAAAUCUGAAACCAAGUUUCUUUUGAAACAAGACUUAAUUUGGAUUUUGAAUUGUUUUAUUGAUAUUCUUGAAGCAGUAACUGUUUUACAUGGAAUGGAAAUUUCGCACAGAGAUUUGAAACCAGAGAAUAUUAUUCUCACACAAGAUGGAAAACCUAAAUUAAUCGAUUUAGAUAAUUGUCGAAAUAUUCAAUAUCGACACGCUGUGACUAUGAAUGUUGGAACGUAUUUAUAUAUGGCACCUGAAGUUCAUCACGAUCAGGUUUCUGAAAUCAUAAAUAAUACCACAGUAUCGAGAUAUUGUGAUGUGUUUUCUUUGGGAUGUAUGUUCAUGAGAAUGUUAACCAAUUGUUCAUUGCUACUUGAUGGAACAUAUUUAAACUCAAAAGAACAAGAUUUAUAUGGAACAACCAAUACUGAUGGUAUGAAUUACUUUUCAGAAUAUGGAUCAUAUUUUCAUGUAGUUGUUACAUAUUCUCAUGGAGAAUCCAAAUUACAUCAUGCCCUUUUCAAGGAAUUGGAUAAACAUAUUGAUCCUUCAUGGAAAGUGAAUGAUAUUUUUGGAAGAUGUUUGAUUACCAUGAUUCAGAAAGAUAUUGAAACUCGAAGAGAUUGUGUGAAAUAUAUUCCAAUUUUGCAAGCUGUGAAACAUUCACUUGAAGAAGGAGAUACUAAUCCAGAUUUUUCCUCUCUUGAUUUGAGUAUCUUAAAACAAUAUCAGCCUUCAUUUAUUGAAAAGAUUAUGAAAGAGAAUAGAAUAAUGAAACAAGAAAAUGACAACUUGAAGGAAGAUAUUGCUAACUUGAUCCAAAUUAAGGACAAGUAUGAGAAAUUACUAGUAAAACACUCCAUUAAUUUUGAGUGA